CGCACCGCGCGUACCGCCCGCAGCCACCUUGUCCCCGCUCUGUGCGCGUGGCCGGCGUUAAGUCUAGACCCAUCGAACGAUGGUGUCGCGCUGAGUGGCUUCUCAGGCUCAGGCCCUGAAAAGCCCAGGAAUCGGCCCCAGGUGUCCGUAGCGAAUGCCCGGCCGGGUACCAUUUCCAUAUUAGCAAAUCCCAAGCGUCGGUGCGACCGGCAGCUUCGCAGUGCUCCGCUGGCCAGGCCUAACGAGUCGAACGCGGAACUAGAGAGCAGGCUAGGCCCCUACGGGGCUGUUGCUCAGCAGGCCCGGCCUGGCUUUGGGCCCCGGGCCUCCCAGCCGGGGACUUUGCGCCUGCGCCCGUCCGGCUGCUGCCGGCUCUCCUGGUGCGGCCGCGGUCCCAGCAGCAGCGCGCCGCCUGGGUGGCUGGGCGGUCCAUGGGCAGCAGCGAGGGCCACGAUGACAGAUUACGGCGAGGAGCAGCGCAAUGAGCUGGAGGCUCUAGAGUCCAUCUAUCCCGACUCCUUCACAGGCAGAUGUCUCUCAGCUACCCCUGUAUAGCUCCAGUCCUGUUCAUGUUCUCUCUCACCAACAGUACAGCUGUGCUGUGAGGAUGUUAAGGGGAUGAGUGAAGAGGGGUUUGAGAGUGUCAUUAACUGGAAAGAGGUUGCUGAGCUGCUGCCAACCUUAACAGGGGCCAGUGCUUCCCAGGGCUGGAGUGAGGCACAGGCUUUUCUCAGGGGCUCAGCAGCAAUCCCAGGUGUAUUAUCAGAAAAUCCACCCAGUUUCACCAUUACUGUGACAUCUGAGGCUGGAGAAAAUGAUGAAACUGUCCAGACUACUCUCAAGUUUACAUACAGUGAAAAAUACCCAGAUGAAGCCCCUCUUUAUGAAAUAUUCUCCCAGGAAAAUCUAGAAGAUAGUGAUGUCUCAGAGAUUUUAAAACUAUUAGCAUUACAGGCAGAAGAAAACCUUGGUAUGGUGAUGAUCUUUACUUUAGUGACAGCUGUACAAGAAAAAUUAAAUGAAAUAGUAGAUCAAAUAAAAACUAGAAGAGAAGAAGAAAAGAAACAAAAAGAAAAAGAGGCAGAGGAAGCUGAAAAGCAAUUAUUUCAUGGCACUCCUGUUACAAUUGAGAAUUUCUUAAGCUGGAAGGCCAAGUUUGAUGCAGAACUCUUGGAAAUUAAAAAGAAACGAAUGAAAGAAGAAGAACAAGCAGGAAAAAAUAAAUUAAGUGGGAAACAGCUCUUUGAGACAGAUCAUAAUCUUGACACAUCUGAUAUCCAGUUUCUGGAAGAUGCUGGAAACAACGUGGAGGUAGAUGAAUCUCUGUUCCAAGAAAUGGAUGACUUGGAGCUAGAGGAUGAUGAAGAUGAUCCAGACUAUAAUCCUGCUGACCCAGAAAGUGAUUUGACUGACUAAUGGACUGUCCCCAGCUGCAGAGAAGUGUGACUGCCACAGUAUCUGUGGCUGUGCUGAGGUGUUGAUUUUUCUUUCUUUUUUUCUAAGAAAAAAUAAUUUUCAGGAGAAUAUUCUUCUGAUAGCUUUCAUCAUUGAACUUAAUAAACUGACCUUAAAGUUUCAAAUAUAA